AAACAGUCUACAGGUUACAGGCAGCACUUCAGUCGAGACCUCAAGGAAGCGAGAUAUCAAAAUGCUUCCUCUGUCUCUUCUCAAUGCCACUCAGGGCAAGCCCAUGCUCGUCGAGCUCAAGUCCGGCGAGACGUACAACGGACACAUGGUCGAUUGCGAUACCUUUAUGAACGUCACGCUGAGAGAUGUCUACCUGACGAGCCCGGACGGCGAAAAGUUUUGGAAGUUGAAGGAAGUCUAUAUCCGGGGGAAUGUGAUAAAGUACCUCCGUGUAGCAGACCAGAUCCUCGAUCAAGUACAAGAAGACCAGCUGAAAUACCGAGAACAAGCUCGGGGCGGAAACGGACCUAACAGGGGUGGACGGGGAGGACGAGGCGGAUUCAACAACUCUGAUCGGGGCGGUCGAGGACGGGGCCAGUAAAAAGCCUAUCCCGGCCCAUUAUUCUAUGGAUUGUGACAAGGAGA